UUAAAGGGGGGCGAGCAGGCGGAGGGAGUGUGGAUAGUGAAGCUGGGUCAGUAGAGCAGCAGAGUCGAGUCUGCCUCCUCCGCCGUCAAAGUUGCUGAUGUCGCUGGUCGACUAAGAGCAAGCCUUCUUUUGCGGGACAAGUUUGUCAGGUGAACAAAGCCUGCUAAAUCGACUUGAAACUUUAAGUUUUUAACACUACUAGAGAUUGACCCGAAAGGAUAUCGGACAUUAUGAACUUGGCAGUGCCAUUGUGCGCUCGAGCGCUUUUCUUGACUCAACUUUUGACUUCAUUUCUCUUCAGCCCUGAACUGAACACACUAGGUCAGAGUGAUGGCAGUGGUGUGGUGGUGGCCAUGUACAAUAUCAGUGCCCCUCAGGGCUCUCAGGCGGUACUGCAGUGUCAUAGUCAGCGCAUGGUGUGGACACAAGACAGGCUAAAAGACCGUCAGCGGGUCGUGCACUGGGAUUUACUUCGAAGUGGACCAGAUCAUGCCAUGGAAAGGGUUGUAGACAUGUUUUCUGCUGGAGAUCAACGAAUCUACAAUGGCUACAACCAGGGACGUAUUAGCAUGUCCAAAACGGCUUUUAAAGAUGGCAACUUCUCAAUGGUAAUUAAAGAUGUUGUAACGAGUGACAAAGGGAUCUACUCCUGUAACCUGCAUCAUCACUACUGUCACCUGUAUGAGUCUGUCAAAAUUCAGCUCAAUGUCACCAAAUCAGCUCGUAAGGAGAGGCGGUUUUGGGAUGGUCAGAAGGCAGUGUAUGUGGUUCUGGUGGGCACCACGGUGGUUCUCCCUUGUUUUAACCGCCGUCCCAUCUGGACAGAGGGCAACAGUCAAGAGGAUCAGCAACAGGUAGUGCACUGGGAUCGUCAGCCUCCGGGGGUCCGGCACGACCGUGCAGAUCGACUCAUCGACCUGUACGCUUCCGGGGAGAGGCGUCAUUAUGGGCCACUGUUUGUUCAGCAGAAGAUGAAUAUUUCGGCCACAGCAUUCACACAGGGGGAUUUCUCCCUCAUCAUCUCCAACAUCCAGCUUCUAGAUCAGGGGAUAUACUCCUGUCAUCUGCACCAUCACUACUGCGGCCUGCAUGAGAGACGCAUCUUCCAGCUUACUGUGAGCCCUCCGGUCCCUCAGGAGCCCACAGAUGAACCUCAGUUUCUUCCCAAUGAAGACCCAAACACCAAUUUGGUGGAAGUGCCUCCACAUGUUAUCAACGUUAUCCUAUCAGAGCAAAGGACUCACUUCCUGCAGCAGCUGGGCUACAUCCUGGCAACUCUCCUCCUAUUGGCCCUCAUCAUGCUGGCUAUCGUUCUCCUCACACGACACCGGAAAAAACAAGGCCAAGAUUAUGAUCCACGGAAAGUUGAAAGCCCACCUUUACCGACGGUGACGUAUGUAAGCCCCACGUCAAGUGUUAAGAAAGAAUGUGAGCGUAGCUACUCAGACAUGAGGCCAAGCAUGCAGGAGGAAACAAAAUUGGACUACAAGAACAAUCUUCUGAAGGAAGCAGAAAUGUCCAAAAUAUGCUCCCCAAAAGCCAUUGACCUGGACAGAGAGAUGGAAAAAGCUUCUUGGAAAUGAGAGGUACUUUGCCACUGGCUGGUCCAGGGGCAGAUUGAAAAUGGAAGAAGAAUGAAAUGCUGAGAGGCAGGAGUGUGGCAAGGGAAUAAGAGGAAAAGGAGAGAAGGACACAGCUGUACAAUUUUUUUUCUGACUCAAGAUCCUCCAUUGCUCUCGUGAAGCUUGCAGGAAGCAAAAGAGUCUCACCAGCAGUAUUUCGGAUGACUGAUAUAUUAAAAUAAUGGCAAACGAACAUUUUACAGCACUAAUAAUAACACAGUCUGCAUUUUAUUCCCUACAUUUGUCACACGCUUUAUGAGUGAGAAGUAAACACACACAGACUGAUGUGUCCUGAGUGUCUGAAUGUUUACAAUGGGAGAUUUACACUAACUGAGAACGAAACAUGUCUGUGACACAAAUAUAUAGCAAACUUAAAACGGUAUAAACUUCUUAUUUGAUAUGGAAUCAAAAUACCGUGCAACACUUUUACAGUUUUAAGGUGAUUCAUUUGGUAAUUAAAUCAGUAUGGCCACAAAUAUUGCAAAAGCUAUAGCUAAAUCACAUCUUUUUUUCUCAGCAGGUUUAAACUGUGCAUUCUUAAAGCUGUAAUUUAUAAAUGUAGCAUUACGCAGACAUAUACACAAGGAUAAAAGGGAUAAUUUACCCAUAACUUAGCUCAUAAUUUAGCCCAGAUUGAAUCUAAACAUUAAAAAAGCUUAAUAAAUUAUGUUCUAAAUGUGAAAUAAAGGAUAAAAGGGAUAAUUUACCCAAAAAUAAAAGUUCUGUAGUCAAUAUUGUUGUUUCUUGUCUGUGUUGUCAUAUAAAAGCUCCUAUUUUAGCCCAGAAUGAAUCAAAACAUUAAAAAAGCUUAAUAAAUUAUGUUAUAAAUGUUAAAUAAAGGAUAAGAUAAAUAAUUUACCCAUAAUUUAGCUUAUAAUUUAGCCCAGAUUGAUACUAAACAUUAAAAGAGCUUAAAAAAUUAUGUUAUAAAUGCUAAAUAAAGGAUAAAUGGGAUAAUUUACUGAAAAAUAAAAGUUCUGUGAAUACUUACUGACUUACAAAACUCUGGGUUUCUUUCUUUUGUUAAACACAAAAGAAGAUAUUUAGAAAAAUGUUAAAAACAUGUAAGCAUUGAUUUCUAUACUUUCCUACUAGGGAAGUCAAUUGUAAAGUCUAAUUAUUUUCUUAUGUGUUCAACAGAAGAAAACAACUUGUAAAUGUUUGGAAACACUCGAGGGAGAGUAAAUAAUGAGUAAAAAUUCUUUUUUUGCAUGAACUACUCCUUUAAUUAAAUCACACUCAAUUAUAUUUUGCCUAUAAAGCUGAAUUUGGUCUGUUUGGUCAUGUAAAAGCUCAUAAUUUAGCCCAGGUUGAAUUAAAACAUCAAAAAGGCUUAAUAAAUUAUGUUAUAAAUGUUAAACCUACACUUUUACAGGUAAGCACAAUUAAUUUAGUCAAAUUAUUUCAUAGUGCAAGUCAGGAUAAUAUUGUGAACGCAUUUAAAUCUUUUCUUUUUUGUUCAUUUUGAUGACUGUUACCAUUUAACAAGCUACAUUUCUUUCAUUUCAUUUAUAUCCUGUCACCAACAAAUACUGUUAUCAUUUGUAUAUUUUCAUAUUAACUUUACAAGCCUUACUAACUUCUUUGUCACUGUUUGAAUAUUCUAUUAGUUCAAUGUAUUUGCUUCCAUGCUCUCUUCUAACCGCCAGCUUUGUGUUCAUUAGCAAACAAGUUAGAGUGAAACUGAUGCUAAUCCAUUAAGGUACAACAUGAAGUCAAUUUUAUUUUAGCAGCUUGUACACGGCUGUGUAUAUUCAUAGCCGUGAACAUUUCUUCUCUGGGUUACUCAGAUCUGUGUUAUGCGUAGUUGUAUCUUAUUAAGGUGAAGCUAUGAAGCAAUGCUUAUGCCUGUUAUGAUCAUUUCAUGAUACUUUAACUGCCCUUUGAAUUUCUUUAAAGCUUCCGUGUAAGAAUUUCACAAGGUUGCAGGAGGAAUUUUCUGGUUUGAUGCUAUAUAAUGGAUGCUUGAUUAUUCUCAUCCUGAAGCAGUUUUAGUAUUGAUGACCUUAUUUUCGAGUUCGCUGCCAUGUUCAAAGCAGAAUCAAAUAAAUUCAAAUAAAAGUUAACCUCUGGAUUA